AUGGCCAAGCUACUGCAGACUCCGCCUAAGUUCCUGCCCUCAGAGUGGCAUGUGGCUAACAAGAACCAGUACCACAGGGCUGAGGCCCAGCGGUCCCGAUCCGAGCGCCUGGUGGCCGAGAGCCAGAGGCUUGUGGAGGACAUCGAGAAGACCACCAGAAAGUCUCAAAGCGACGUGAACAAGAAACUCGAGCAGCGACUCGAGGAAGUCCGGUUCUGGAAGAAGGAGUUAGACGGGAAACUCGAGCAGCUCGUGUACGAGACGGAGGAUCUGCUCACGUACAAGAGCCGGCUGGACAAAGCCCUGGAGGACUUCAAGGAGCCCCUGCGCAUCACCGAGAGGUGCCUCAUCUACAGGGAGAAGCGCGUGGGGAUCGACCUGGUGCAGGACGAGGUGGAGCAGGAGCUGCUGAAGGAGGCCGAGAUCAUCCGGGGUGUCCUGGCCCUGCUGACACGCACCCUGGAGCAGGUCACCGAGCAGAUCAGGCUGAACCGUUCGGCCAAGUACAACCUGGAGAAGGACCUGAAGGACAAGUUCGUGGCCCUGACCAUCGACGACAUCUGCUUCUCACUCAACAACAAUUCACCCAGCAUUCGCUACUCUGACAACGCAGUCAGGAUCGAACCCAACUCCGUGAGCCUAGAUGACUGGCUGGAUUUCUCCAACACCAACGUGGAGAAAGCCGACAAGCAGCGGAACAACUCCAUGGCGCUGAAGGCCCUGGUGGACCGGAUCCUGACCCAGACGGCCGAUGACCUGAGCAGGCAGUGCCGUGUGGUAGACACGGCCUUCAGGAAUGGGCUGAAGCAGAUCAAGGAUGCCCGUGACAAGCUGGCACUUCACCUGACCAAGGUCAUGGAAGAGAUUGCGUCCCAAGAGAAGAAUGUUACAGUGCUUGAGAAAGCCAUCCUGGACCAAGAGGGACCUGCCAAAGUGGCUCACACGCGCCUGGAGACCAGGACGCACCGGCCUAACGUGGAGCUGUGUCGUGACGUGGCCCAAUACCGACUCAUCAGGGAGGUGCAAGACAUCACCAACAACGUGGCAAGGUUAAAGGAGACCUUGGCCCAAGCCCAGGUGGAGCUGAAAGGGCUGAAUCGCAGACAGUUAGCCCUGCAGGAGGAGAUCCAGGUGAAAGAAAACACCAUCUACAUCGACGAGGUGCUGUGUAUGCAGAUGCGCCAGUCCAUCCCGCUGCGGGAUGGCGAGGACCGCAGGGACUGGGCGGGCGGCCUGCGCCCUGAUGCUGUCUGCUAG